AUGAAGUUUGAAGAGGAGUUCCUGUCACUUCAGGCCGCAGAAUGGAGACCAAACUAUCUUCCCUACAGACGGCUGAAAGCUAUGCUGAAGUUAUUCGCCAAAGGAGGGCAUCGGUCGUCAUAUGAAAUUAACCUGAAAGGUACGUUUGACCUUGCGGUUGGUGGAGUGAAAAUUUGCGUGUUGUCUGACUUCAUGCUAGAUUUUAUGUCGGCUUUUCGCUGUGCUCUUGGUAAGAUAAAGGUGUUUGUAGAUACCCAGUUGACUACACUCAAGGGUAAAGAGAGCAUUGUAUUGGAGCCUUAUAAACGAGUCCGUCAUGGGGCAGCGUCAUUGGCCGUGGAUGAUGAGUACUUGAUAUACGGUGAACUCCUUGAAGACUACAACAGGUUACACAUGUUCAUUAGAUUGAACUAUGAGGCCUCUCAAAGGAUAAAUUCUAAAGCCGAAAAAUUACAGAGGAUAUUUCAAACAACACCAUAUUGUGGACUCGAUGGCCUUAUUGAGGAGCAAGCAGUUUGUGAAAGGCAGUGUUUGACGGAGGUAGAGAGACUACAAAGAAUGAUCAGCAGCACGAGGCAAGGCAGCAAUGCUCUGUCUACUUACAACUUGAUGAGUCUCUCUGAGGAGUGUUCUAAUGCCCGGAUUCUCCUUACUACUAUCAAUAAUGAUAUCCUUGCAAACCAAUCCAUCAAUUUGAGCAGUUUAUUGGGAAAGCUCCAGCGCACACCAGGUAUUUCCAAGGACAUAGUCGACGAAGUUUUUAACACAUCUUUGACAAUGUCAAUCAUAUGCCGGUCUUGGUCAUGUACUACAGCUUUAAUCGAGGACCACCCUGCAGAGACAAGAUCUUUGGUCAAUAGUAGCUGGCUCAAUGGUCUUCUCUUGGCUAUAUUCCAACAUUCUCGUCUAAACCCAAUAUCUUCCCAUGAAAAGGAUGCACAGAUGAGAGAGAAUUUUGACCCUCAAAACUUAUGUAUGAAAUUGUUUAAUCUCAUACUCAACCAUGCCGGGAUAAAGGCCAAGGAUCUUUUAAUCACCCCGGAUGCUGCCGGAGCGAUUUCUCUACAAUAUAGUGCUCAAAUUGGACUCCCAGUGAUUUGUGACUUCAUCAUAAAGUAUAUAGAACAACUGGGAAUCUCACCAAAAUCGGCCAUAUUGGCUGCAAAUACAACAGGUAUAACGCCGCUCCAGUGGUCCGUUGCACGGGGGCAUGUUCAUGUCACUCGCAUAUUCCUGGAUGCCCUAUAUGUCGGCAUAGAUGAGGCCAGCGAUAACACACCCAAUGACCUGCUAGCUAUCGCCAUAGAAUACCAAAAUGACGAGCUAGUCCAGCUUCUAGCUUCCAGGUGUACUAUGAUCAAUCAAUUUUCUAGCAAUGGAGAGACAUGUUUGCAUGUCGCUUCCCGGGUUGGUAGGAGGGACUAUGUUGAUACAAUUUUGGAAAUUACUUCUCAACAAAAUUCGGCAAUUGAUGUCCAGGAGAAAACGUACGGAUGGACACCAUUGACUAUAGCCAGCACACGAGGAUAUCUCCCAAUAGUUGAAGCUCUCCUUCGCGCUGGUGCAAAUGAGCUACUAUCUGACUAUCAAGGCUGGACAGCAAAGGAUCACGCAGCGUUUAGGGGUCAUUUUGCAGUUUUGAAUAGGCUCAAGACGAACAAGACUAUAACACCAACAAUCAAAAACCCUUGCAUAACUACAUCACCUCCUAAUCUCAUGGGUGAUACCGCAUAUCUAAUUGUCAACCUAGGGUCAGUGCAAAAGGGCAGAGAAAUCAGCCCCUUUGAUUUGGAUCAUGCUUCAACGAUGUCAAGUCAAAUGUCACCUGAAAGUGCACUGAGUCUAGAAAUUUCCACCUCCGGGGGUCCUGCUCAUAUACUGAGAUUACCCUUUUUAAGGGAUCUGGUUGAUGAUACCUUGAUUUUUCCUACUAGCGACCCGCUGGAAACUAAUCUUGUGUUUAAACUUCUCAAGAAUACUUCACAUUCAAGUCUGGGCAAUACACUUAUUGGCAGCGGUGUAGCUCUUUUAUCAAGGAAAAAGGAUGCGAAUAUUUCCCAUCAUAAGAGCCUGAUUAGAGAGAGCACCGUACCGAUCUUGGAGAAGGAAACCAUGGAGCUGAUAGGAAAAAUUACAUUUACAUUUUUCAUUGCGACCCCUUUCCUAGAUUUGAAUACUCGAUCCUCAAGUUUUGAGUAUCUAGAGAAAACUCGAUCAACACAGUUAAUUGGACAUCGAGGGGCGUCUCACGUUGAGGUAUGUAUUACACACCAGCUUUUUGAUCUAUGUGAACUUAAUUUGCUGAUAGCUCUACAGUUUGAUGUACAGUUGACAAGAGAUCUUAUACCAGUUUUGUACCAUGACCUGUCUCUAAGCGAGUCAGGAACUGAUGUUGCAAUCCAUGACUUGACAUUGAAACAAUUCAUCCAUGCUAGCGAUAUGCAAUUAUCGUCGAAAAAUGACGCCGAUGAUUCCAGAUCACGCUCUCGAUCUCUGUCUCGAAACCACAAAGCAGCGGAAAACGAAGCCAGAUUAAGAAUGAAGCAUACGUUAUACUUUUCUAAUAAUGGGUACAAACCCAAUACACGGGGAGACUUCAUUCAAAUACCCCUUGCAACUUUAGAAGAGGCUUUGCUUAAUGUACCCGAAGAGGUUGGAUUUGAUAUAGAGCUAAAAUACCCCCGUAUCCAUGAAGCGCAUGCCAUUGAGAUGGCCCCUAUAGCUAUCGAACUUAACACAUUCGUUGAUACGAUACUCACUUUGAUAACCCGCUACGCCGGCUCUCGCAACAUAAUACUUUCAUCCUUCACCCCUGAAAUUUGCAUUCUUCUUGCAAUCAAACAAAAGGCAUACCUCAUUUUCUUCAUUACAAACGCAGGAAAGCUGCCUGUGGUAGACAAGGAGGAACGAGCCGGAAGUGUUCAAGUUGCUGUCCGCUUUGCAACCAAAUGGGGCCUGGCUGGAGUCGUUUUUGCUUCAGAUGUGAUAGUGAUGUGUCCGCUGUUGGUGAACUAUGUCAAAAUCAAAGGCCUAGUUUGCGCUACUUACGGCCCAUUGAAUAAUAUUCCAGAGAAUGUCGAGGUGAGCUUAUUAUAUCCAUUUUCUUUAUUGUUAUCCAGUGGUUGGUCUAUGAGAAUUUACUAA